CGACUCACUGCGAGUGAAAGGCGUGAAAAGAGGCGGAACCACAAGUAUUCACACACGCAGGCUAUGCUGCUGUGCAAAGCAUGCAUACACCCAGCUCAGGCUUAGCUUAGUGUGAGCGGGACUGACGGCGCCUACUGACAGAGACCAUAGACCGACUCGGCUGAGUGAGACCAGAGCGCUAUUAUUGGACGACUUGUAUUUCUUACGGCGCCGAAAACGUGGGAGCUCACUCAGUCGUAGUAGUCUUUUUGAACAUCGCGAGUGUGUUCUUUCGUCUCUUUCCGCUAUGGGGAGCGUCACAUGCUCUACCGCAGCUUCCCUUGUCAGCUCCCUUCUUGUGGAGCCUGUAUAUUGCACAAAUUCGGGGGGAAGUGCGACAGUAUCUGCCUCGCCAGGCUCGUUUAGCAUAAGUUUUUUAAGAUCAGACGGUCCGUGUUGCGUUUCUCAAAUACCUCGUCGGCUGGUGAUUCCACGACAAUCCUCGAUCUUGAUAAGUAGGCAUCUUCGAGUGCAUUCUUUCAACAGGGUGUCGCGAUCUUCUUCACGAAGGCUGCAAUGCCAGGCGAAGGCUGGCGAAGGAAGCCGCAACGACGGGGAGGAUCAAUUUGGGCGUGGUGAGGGUUCCGGGUCGGACUCGGAUGAGUUUCGGCAGCGCAUGGAGGGCCUGGUGAGCCGAGACGACGACAGCUUCGACGGCAAGCAGCUGGCGGCGCUGAUCUACCAGAAGUACGCGCGCUCGUAUGACGUGCAGCUUAUCCGAAAGGAGUUUCUGGGCCGUCAGUUGCUUGCCAUGAACGUCAUGUGGAAGUAUCGCGAGCAGAAAUCUUUCCCCUUGACAAAGGAGGAGUAUUUGUAUCGUCUAGACAGAGUGGCGGAGAACUUGAGGUGUUGGGGAGCUGUGGGGCUGGUCAGGGCAGGCCUGGCUGCCACCAAGGAGAGGCCUCGCACAGGCAAGGCUGUGUCAAUUCGUAUCGAUCUGGAUCAGACAACUCUUCGUGCCAAUGAGUGGAUCCAACGCUGAUGAACUGAUUUUCGCUCUGUAAUGAGCUUUGUUGUUUGUCCAAGGGCAGUAGGUACCUAAUGUGAUGGACUGUGGCGUGGUGUGCCUUAGGUGCCUGUUCGAGUUCGAAGUACAUCAUUUUUUUGUGGUCCAUGCGGUUUUGGAAUGAAGUUCACGCUGGAAC